UACGUACAUAACACUCCCCUGCCAUUUUGCUCUCGCUGCGUCACUUUUCCUGCAGAUCGGAGGGAAGACAGGAGCGCUCUCGUCUUCUCCGAUCAUCGGAGAACCCAAGGUUCGUGCUUCGCCUCUCCGAUUCGACCGAUUCCGCUUCUUAGUUUCUCCGAAUCGUAGUGUUGUCAGGUGCUGUUUCUGGCUUCUAGAUGGGUCCCGUGUCCCGUCGUCGCGACUCCGGCGCGUACCCUGAUUUCGGUUCUUGUUCCGCGAAUCUAGUUUGCUUUGCGAUCUGGGUCGAUUUGUUCGCGUUUCAUGUUUGUCUGUUCCGGAAAACGUUGUCAUUCCUUGGAAUCCGUCCGCAUUGAAGGUCGCCUUCUACAUUGCUUUACUCUUGAGUGCAUACCACCUGUAGGCAAAUUGCACGGAUGAAACUAAGCUUCUGUGCUUAUUGAUUGUAUGUGGAGGCCUGCUUGUGCUUAGAGAGAUAGUAAAUUCUCAUUUUGGAGUCUGGUAUUUUUGUGGGCUUGUUGCAAGGGAAGGUGUGGGGACGAUUAAAUUUUUCCUUUUCAGCCAAAAUUUGACUUUUCCUGGCUGAGGCACCGCCAUGGAAUGUAUUCAAAGCAUGUCCGAAGUGGCAGCUGGAAAUGAACUCGCUCAAAAGCCUCUGAUACCUGGGCUUCCUGAUGAUGUCGCUCUUUCCUGCUUGGCAAGACUUCCACGGAAGUUCCAUACAGUCUUGAAAUGUGUGUCUAAGCAAUGGAGAGACAUUGUUUGUAGUGAUGAGUGGUAUUCUUACAGGAGAAGGCAUAAUCUAGACGAAGCAUGGAUCUAUGCUUUGUGUAGAGACAAACAUGAACGUAGCUUCUGUUAUGUAUUAGAGCCCAAUUCCCCGCGAAGGUGUUGGAAGCAAAUUCAAGGCAUUCCACCUCAAAUUUCAAAGCGAAAAGGAAUGGGGUUUGAAACGCUGGGGAAGAAUAUUUACUUUUUGGGAGGUUGUGGUUGGGUUGAAGACGCUACUAAUGAAGUGUACUGCUAUGAUGCUUCUGCCAACACUUGGAAUGAAACUGCUUCGUUGUCGAUUGCGAGGUGCUAUUUUGCUUGUGAAGUUUUGGAUGAGAAAAUUUAUGCGAUUGGGGGUAUAGGUACAAAUCUGAGCGGUCCCAAUUCUUGGGACACUUAUGAUCCCAGCACAAAUGGUUGGAUCUCUCACGAGGACCCUAACCUCGUUCCUGAAGUAGAAGAUUCUGUGGUAUUGGAUGGGCAAAUAUAUAUCCGCUGCGGUGGUUCUUCACUUUCAUCUCAUGUCUAUGCCAUCGUGUACGAACCAUCGAGGGGCUCGUGGCAACAUGUGGAUGCUGACAUUGCGUCUGGCUGGAAGGGUCCAGCGGUCGUCAUAGACGGGACUCUUUAUGUGUUGGAUCAAAGUUCAGGACUCAGGCUGAUGAAGUGGCGGAAGGAAAGCAAGGAUUGGGUGGUGGUGAGGAGAUUGUCACAGCUAUUAACUCAACCUCCAUGUCGACUUGUGGCAAUCGGCAAGAGAUUAUUUAUCAUAGGGAAGGGGCUUAGCACAGUGAUGUUCGAUGUGGACCAGAGUGAAAACGCAGGAGGAAUGAUGGUGGGAUCUUCUAUAUCCAAGUUGACUUCUGAUUAUGAUGUAAUUAGCUGUAAAGUUCUAGCACUAUGAGUUGCCCUUGCUCAUCAAAUUCUUGUUGAAUUGUGAACCCGAAGGCCCCCUCUUUAUGAUACUUGCGGCCAGUAAAUAUGUUGGGCGCUCUUUCUGAGAAUGGAUGCCGAAGAAGUGAAUAUACAUCACUUUUGUAAAUAUGAACAAGGUUGUUCCUUCUAUAUUUCUUUGAUACUAUAGAGAAAUAGAUAACUGUAUUUCUUUUCUA